AUGAGUGAAAACGUUACAAAGAAUGGUCAAGAGGUUUUGGUUUGUCAUGUUGAAGGAUUAGAAGCUUAUCGCGCUGGUAAGUGAAGACACAUGUAAACUACGUUCAACACCUGUACAGCAUCUCCGUGAAGAGCUUUAUUACACACAAAACUGAAGGUGGAAAAAUACAUGAAUUCUGUAGUAAAUUAUUGUAACUAAAAAUUCUGUAUUCUACAUCAAGUUUAGGAAAAUUCCUCAAUCCACUAGAAACCAAAACAAUCCAUUCUCCAAACAAAAGGUUAAAGAAUUCCUAUAUAUAAUUCCUCAUCCCCUUAGUAUCAAGGUGGGCCCAAGGUCAAUCAGGCCAUGUCAUAUAUAAGAUCCUUUCUAGACCAAGUAGGUCGGUUUGCAUGACGAUAAAAUGUAUAGGUUUCAUGCAUGCAAAGCAGUAAGACCAGUAAGACCGAAUCGUUAUGGUAGUUGAAAUGUAAUGUAAUGUAAUCUGAUACUGAAAUUCAGCUACAACGUAGACACGUAAUACGUACACCCUGGAAAUAACUCCACUUUGUGUUUCACCCAGGCAAAACACCCGUCAGUAAAAUACCCAGUGAUCUGCCACAAUGGAAACAAGAGUUGCUGAAAAAAAAGGAAAAAGAGAAAAUGGUAAGCUAGUAUGAAAUGGCCCGUUUAUUGUUUCAACUACGCAUUACCAUUAACUGCAUUCGACAGAUUAUAGGACAAUAACCUCGCGAAUAUAGUGUCGGGUUCCCUUUCUGCAUCCAGAGCAAAACAGGUGGUUGCAUGGCUGCGCUGCCUGGUCUAACGAGGAUGAGAGUUGCCCCGGUCAAAAGAGAACAAGAGUUGCUCAAAGUUUACUGGAAAUUAAGGCGAAUGGUAAAAUCUCAUCAACUCAGUCUCAUAAAAAUUUGAACCAGCUCAAAGUUGACGAAGAUUGCAUAAUCGAUAACCAUUGGCGGUCAAAUGGGAGGUAGAAUUGUAAAACUCUCAUAACUCUCACCCUCGUUUGACCGGGUUUUAGUGCCAUUAGAAGGCAUUAUUAUUCUCAAGGUUAUCUGGUGAUGGCUUUCAAAAGCUUGGUUUUUGUAACUGUUUUAAUUGACACGACUGCUUUUCUCUGUUUACCAGGAGAAACACAGAGAAGAAAUGGCGAGGUUAUAUGAAGACAGCCAAACACCCGAAUGGAUGAAGCCAUUGAAAAAACUUCACCAGCGAAGGAAAUCUGAACAAUCGGAAAAGGAAGAGGCUGAAAGGAGAAAAGCAGAGGAAGAAAAACAACGUUUCGAAGCACUGCCGGCGUGGAAGAAACAACUCAUUUUUAAAAAGAGAGCAAAGUCUGCGGAUAAUCUUCUUGCCGGAUGUGAUGUCAAGAGUCUCGACAAAUCUGAAACCAAAGAGUUAGAAAUUGUAAAUUCAGAGUGCAAAGCGAAAGAGAAGAUAGAAAAUGGUGAAGUUAAUCUUGAAUCCGAUGCGGGAACCAAUGGAGUCGAUGAUGGUAAUGAGAAUGGCAUUUCAGACAAUGAAAAGCUCGAUUAUGAAACAUCCAUAGACGAGAUCGAGAAAGAAGGUGAACAUGAUGAAGAAAAUGAAGAAGUUGAAGACACUGGAGAUGAUAGUGAGCAGGCUGUAGAUUUCGACAAAAACGAAGGCGAAGAAAUUGAAAUCGCUCAAAAAAUCGAUGAAGUUGAUGGUGAUCAAAAAGUAAACAUAAGUGAAGAAAUUGAGGAUCAUGAUGAUGAAUUACAAAUAGAAUCAUCAGACAACUCAAGUGAAGGUGAAUUAAGUCCAGCCGUUCCUAAUGACAAUGAAGACGAGAGCCAAUUACUUGAGCCGGAUGAAGACGAAGCGAAAGAGACUGGAGAACAGCAGGUGGAAGAGAGUGGUGAACCCGAAGAAGUCGAAAACAAUAAUGAAGACAAAAACCGAGAGUAA